CGGACAGGUUUAUGAGUUCUCCACACAGAGAUAAACGAUGACAACAACUUUAAAACAGGCUUUAAAAACCCACUUUGGGUUUGACAACUUUCGGACUAAACAACAGGAAGAUGUUGUCAAAGCAGUCGUCCGACGUGACAGAGAUGUGUUUGUGUGCAUGCCCACUGGAGCAGGAAAGUCCCUCUGUUACCAGCUGCCUGCUGUGCUGGCUGAGGGCAUCACUCUGGUUAUAUCCCCGCUAAUCGCUCUCAUUCAGGACCAAGUGGACCGCCUGCAGAGUCUGAACAUCCCUGCCUGCUCCAUCAACUCCAAGCUCCCAGCAGGCGAGCGCCGUCUGAUCCUGGCCGAUUUGGGGAGCAGCAGCCCCAAACUGAAGCUGCUCUACAUCACCCCGGAGAUGGUUGCCUCUCCCUCGUUCCAGCCCUGCCUGACGGGCCUUUGCUCCCGCAGCCUGCUGUCUUACCUGGCUGUGGACGAGGCUCACUGCGUCUCCCAGUGGGGACAUGAUUUCAGGCCAGACUACCUCAAACUGGGAGAGCUGCGUGAUCGCUUGCCGGGGGUUCCCUGUUUGGCUCUGACAGCAACAGCGCCCAAGAAUGUACAAGAGGACAUUAUUAAAUCCCUCAGGCUGGGCUCGCCACUGUCCUUCAUUACACCUGUCUUCCGCAGUAACUUGCACUAUGAUGUGAUCUUCAGGGAGCUGCUGCCGAACCCUUACGUCCACCUCUACGCCUUCAUUCAAAAAGCACUGGCUCUGGACAGCGGCUCUAAUGGACAGGGUUGUGGGAUCGUGUACUGUCGGACCAGGGAAGGCUGUGAAACAGUGGCUCACCAGCUGACCAAGCUUGGAGUUUUGGCCAAACCUUAUCAUGCAGGUCUGAAGGCAGGAGAUCGCACAGAGGUCCAGAAUGAGUGGAUGCAGGGGAAGGUGCUGGUUAUUGCAGCCACCAUCAGCUUUGGUAUGGGAGUAGACAAAGCCAACGUCAGGUUUGUAGCUCAUUGGAACCUCGCUAAGUCCCUGGCUAGUUACUAUCAAGAGUCAGGGCGAGCUGGGAGAGACGGCCUGCCCUCAUCCUGCCGCACAUACUACUCCCGGAAAGAUCAGGAGCAAAUCAGCUUCCUCAUCCGUCAGGAGAUUUCCCGCAAACAGGCAAAACGUGGCUUUGAGAAGGAGACGGACAAAGCGGCCAUUAAAGACUUUGAUGCCAUGGUGUCAUUCUGUGCUCAAGAGGCCUGCCGCCAUGCCACCAUCUCCAAGUUCUUUGGGGACAAGACGCCGAACUGUGCAGGUGCCUGUGACUACUGUCGUAACCCAAAGAUUGUGCGAGCCCAGCUGGAGAGGGCGGCCACCCUCAGCACCAAGACUGAAGCUCAGAGCAAAGGGCCCAAAGGAGCAUUUGGUUUCGAGCCAGACCUUUAUGAAGGAGGAAAGAAGGGUUACGGCUUUGAAAGGUUUGAUGAAGGGGAUGCAGGUAGUGGUGAGGAAGACUAUACAAAGAGGAAAAAGGAGUUUUCAGAGCUCUUCAAGAAGCAGAUGAGCAUGCGGAAGGGAACUGAUGGUCAGAGAGAAGACUUUGUUCCACCAGAUGAUGACUGCCCACUGAGAGACGCCAGCAGCCAGAGGAUCCCCAGGCUUACUGUAAAGGCCAGAGAGCACUGCCUGUGUCUCCUGCAGGAAGCGUUAUAUGGCCACCAGGGGGCAGAAGAUGCAUUCAACAGUGACACUCUGUCUUUAGCGGUGGAUAUCGAAUAUGAGGUCUUUAAAAGCAGCAAGUCCUCCAACUUGUACAAAGCUGCCGUCCUGAAGAAGGUGUCAGAGAUGAAGAAAACGACACCUGGAGUAAAAAAAGAAGGUGUCAAGACUGACAGUGGCAGUGAAUCCAGAGAAAAUGAGUCAAAACUCAAAGAGGAGGCACCUUCCUCAUCUUCGUCCUCCUUUUCUGAAGAGAUGCAGGGAUUCACAUCUGCAUCUGAGAUCUACUCUAUGAAGCGUAAGAGAGUAGGAGCAGGCCUGAGGGGAUCAUCCAACCCCUUCCAGACUGCAAAGGAUCUGCUAAAGUCCUCAAUGUUGGACACUGUGUCUAACAGAGGGACAGAGAGCGGCGGGUUUUACAACGACAGCUCAGGAGGCUCUGGAGAGACAAACACAGAUGCAUCUUUGGACGUAACGUCGUCCAUCAGAGCCAAAGCAAGUGCCGUCGCCGCCUCCCUGAACAGCCCAACGAAGGCAGGCAGAGCCAUGAGCAAGAAGCAGCAGAAGCUAGCAGAAGCAGCAAAAAGUUCCCGCAACAUUUCUCAGUACUUCACCAAAAAAGAAACAACAACAAAAGCCAACAAAGACCCAGAGGAGGCAGAGACCCUAAAGGGACUCGAUGCCACAUUAUCUCACUCCACGGCGACGGUCGCUCAAGAAAGUGAGAGCCAGCAGGAACACUCACCUGUCACUGUGGAAGACGUAGAGAUGAGUCCUGUGGAGACUCAGGACGUGACUGAAGAAAAAAGUAAAAAAGAAGUAACAGUUAAACCGGAUGAUGAAGAGGAGGAAAGUCAUGAGACAGAGAUGUUAAAUUUGGAGCAGCUUCAAGACACAUCUGAAGAGAAAAUGAAGUCCGCUGCAGAACUGAACAAAUCAGAGGAAGAAGCUAAACCACCUCAAACAGAAAAGUUGACCGAUAACUUGGAGGCGGACAGAGGGUCGUCUCCUCCACCAAAACGCAGCCGCCAUGCAGACAGAAGAGUUACCUUUAACCCGAAUGUGCAGGAGAGAGCCCUGCUCCCCGUCAACGAGCCACCCAAGCCUGUGACGCUGAAGGAAGCAGCUGAUAUCGUGGUCCGAUACCUGGACCCCUUUUACACUCAGGGGAAGUUUGCCACCAAGGAGUUGUUUAAAUCCUUCGCCCGCUAUUUAUCUCACCUUCUCACAGAGGGGAGGAGUCGGGGAAAAGGCCAAGUCAAAGCAGAAGCCCGAGCUCUCAUCAAGAAGUUCUUCAGCGGAGUCAAACGCUGUGAGAGCGAGGCCGACUGGAAGCACCUUAAAAGACCGAACAGCUGUAAAACCACUGAGAACAAGGAAUGAUGGGAAGUGAGAACGUAGCCAUUUUUAGGGUCGAACCCUUCCUCUUUGUCAGUGCCUAAGCUUCUCUCGUCCCAGUGACCUCAGGCUUCACCACAGACGCCUGCUGACCAGGUUUUCGGUUUAUUUGCUGCUUGAGCUCUGCUUUUUUCGGGUGUGUUGCUGCUGUAAGUCAAUAAUGAAGCAAUAACGUGUGGACUGUUACAGCCCGAGAGAGCAGAAGUAAAUCUGUGCAUACUGAUAGUGUCGUUUAUGUUUCAGUGCGAGGCACUUCUGUGGUUCUGCACUCUUCUUUUGUUUUAAAUCUCUGCAAGUUGAUUUGCGUACUGAGCUGAAGUGAAUGAAAACCCAAAGGCCUCUUGGAAUAACCAGGACUAAUGCUGUGUCUCCGUACGGCCUUCUCUCCCCUCCCAAUAGCCAACGCAGCGACCUUUAACAGUGAGGAGUGUCCAGUGCUCCACACUAGACUUUUUGACCAUGAUGAGUACACCAUCCAGAUACUCGCACUUAGCAUUUGUCAUACUUGUCAGUGUGAACGCUUUCACGAUCAAAACAGCAAGUGUAUAAACGGAAAAACGGGAAGUGACACACAGCAUAAGAAGCUACAGCCAUGCUAGCUGCUCUGUGAAGCUGAGCUACAGCUAAAUGUAAAGGUGUGAGUGCUAACAUGCUCACAAAGACUAUGUUUACCUGCACAAAAUAUUCCAGUAUUAUUAGACUAUUGCUACUUAGCAGUUAACGUGGAUCUUAAGUCGUUGUUCCUGUUUACAUGCAGCCAUGGAUACUCAGAUUAACGUGCCCUUAUGUUGUUUAUCAGGUCAAAAUAACGAAAAGUCGGAUUCACUUUUGCUAUUUAUCUCAACAUUUUUACACUGGCGGUGGACUUCUUUGAGUAUACACGCAGCCUUCCUCUUUUAUUCCUGUGACCACCUUCCUGAAAAGGUCGGCUGUGAGAUAUUUGUGCUUGUCCAAAAACCUGUUAAUAUACAAGUGUUGAUGAUGCCUUCUCUUUGUUGUAGGCAGGCAUCUCUAUUACAGAUUGUAUGCUGCAGGCUAGUUGGUUCGUGUAAAACACGCAGAGCCGACCGUUAACAGACGAGAAGCUGCGUGUUGCAAACUUUGGUAAAACCCCCAAAUAAGACGCAUCUUCUUCAUGCACUGUUGGCAUGUCAACAGGAUGGUCCUAAAACCCGAAUUAUACAAGCAUAUCCCACAUCUUAACUGAAAAUGCUACAUUUGGAAAAUACCUAAUUUAGAAUAUCCAAACAGAAUAUGCUGUUUACGUGACCCUUAUUAUCAGAAAAUUGUCAUUUUCGGCAUAAUAGUGGAAUAUUAGUGUGCACGUAAACAUAGUCAAUGAUGAUCCUGUAACUCUAAACACAAAGAACAGCUGUGGAUCAUGAAUGUCAGUUUUGCAGAUAUUUGGGCAUAACAAAUAUAACCUUUGACUUGAUGGUGCUAGAUGAAACAUGGAAGUUAUUAAAGUUUAUCCAACAGACUGUAUAUAAAGAUGGACAACACGCCCCCACUCAUCCCCACUAUGCUUAAGCGAGUCUGAAAUAUCCGAGAUUCGGACGUUGCCGUCCUGUGAGGGUUAUUGUAGCGUUAUCCACGAUGGGGGAGUUCUCACCAAAACACCCUUCUGACCAAUCGAGAGCAGCCACAUUGAGUGUGAGCGCACGGAUUGGCGGUCACAGCUGUCAAUCAUGGUGGAAAGCCCCCGUUUGUAUAAUUAAAAAUCUCAUUAAAACUGAACUUAUAAAAACGAUUACUUGAUAAAACAUCAGGGUGACGAGAUCUGCCCCCAGUGACAGAAACAGUCUUUGGGAAACAUUUAUUUGGCGUGUACUUUGAGUUUUUAGUUUGGCCUUUGUUCCAUUUGCUAUCACAGAGGGGGCGGGCUUUAUGACCUACACAGCAGCCAGACACCAGGGGGCAAUCUAGAUUGAAAAGUUACACUUUUGGGGAUGUUGUCCGUCUUUACAUACAGUCUAUGGUUUAUCCUCUGGAGACCAUUUUAGUGUGAACCAAAUUACAUGGCAGUUCAUAUAAUUGUUGAUGAGAUGUUUAGAUGUUUUAAUGUGGACCAAAGUGAUGGACUUAGCGGCAGACGGCGAGCAUGGCGCGAAACACAUUGUGGCUGACAGUGAAGUGAAGAAUACUUGAGUUGAAGUAAAUGGGGUUAGAACGUACUAGAACGGUGGAACAAUGUUUUAUUGUUUGACAGAAACCAGGCGGUUCUGUGUUGUGAAUGCCUGAUGCUGCGUUCACAGGGAAUCAGGGAGAUUUUAGAUGGCAAACUGGAUAUUGUUUUAAUGGACGAGAGCAGGACAGUAGACGAGGCUGACAGAGAAAACCAGCAGCUGUAGAUGGUGUUGCCGUUCAGAGUUAAAAUACUUUAACUUUGCCUUGAUGGAACUACAACUGGAUGUUGCCUAACUCUUUCACGUUUGGGAAAAACACAGAAAAUCUGGACGAUACGUAGAUAUUUGUGGGGAAAUUACAUAAUAAUAAACAUUUAAUAUAUUUUAUUCCAUUCUUUGUAAACAAUACAGAAAUAUCUUGCAAUAUACUAUCAUUUUGUUCCAACGUCGGGUCAUUGUUUUGGAUUGUUUGUUUUUCCCGUGUUGUCGGUCUGCCUGAUUCUCAGUGAACGCAGCAUUAAAGAUAUUAUAUACAUCUACUGCUGCUACAUAUUUCGUCUUUGACUGCUGGACUGAAGAGCAAAGAGAGAAAACCUAUAAAUCUGAUACUGUAUGAUAUGAAACUGUAUUGUUGAUGUUUUCUUAUAUUUAAAGAUUCACUAGAUUCAGUUUUAUCUUCCGGUCAUUAGCAAAGGGAUCAUUUUGAAAGACAUAUUUUUGUUUUAUGAACGCCGUGGUUUCCACUGAGGGAAAUGUUCCUUAGUUAUAGUGCCUGUCGAUGCUGUGAGAGGUCACAGUUAGUGUCCCCGUGGUCAGGAGUAGGAAACCCAAAGAGUCCUGGAAGCAGUGCCAGACACAGAGGCCUGGCUGUUUAAUCUGAACAGGCUGUGUACUCUUUGCUCCUAAAUGUUUACAAUAAAGACUGCUGAGCAGGACAGACUGACCACA